UUAAUAAUAAAUAAGAAACGAUAAACAGAAGAAUUAAUAACAAUUUCAAAACUCGAUUGAGAAAUAGCAGAGGGCGUUAAACAUCCGGGUCCUUACUGCAAUCCGAACUGCGCUGUUCAUUUCGGAGCGAAGAGGUGCGGUGGAAGUUCGUAGGCAAACUUUCCACCUUCCGAUAGUCGCCAUCUUGAAUCGGGACGAAGAAGAAGUAAAUCGUCUGAUUUUCUGUUUUUGCAAAAUCAUCUACGUUCUUCAACGGUCUUAUAUGACGUCUUUAUUUCGUACCAUCGAACUCUUAGGUCGAGGAAAUCCAGCAAAUUACCAGAAGCUGCUAGAACCUGUUCCUACAAUAUCAAGCAGGUUUAUGCAUUUCCUGAAGGUUUGGAGCACUAAUCGUUUAGAAGCAAGAAUUCUCUGUAAACAUCAAAUAUCACAACCUUUUCGAUCGUGACUACUCUCUCCUCCACCCCUUUUCGUGGUACACCUCACCAGAUUGCCAUAAGUUAGGCUAGCAGCUCUUCAGCAAAUUUGUGAAGCAGUGAUUGGACGUGGCCAAAAAUAAUAUUGAAAAUGGGGAGUGUUAAUGUUAAUCGAAACCUUUCUGAUCAGUUUUAUCGUUAUAAAAUGCCAAAGCUUAUUGCCAAGGUUGAAGGUAAAGGUAAUGGCAUAAAAACUGUUGUUGUGAAUAUGGUUGAGAUAGCAAAAGCAUUGAAUAGACCUCCAACAUAUCCUACUAAAUAUUUUGGAUGUGAGCUUGGUGCUCAGACACAGUUUGAUUUGAAGAAUGAGCGUUACAUUGUUAAUGGAUCUCAUGAAGCAGCAAAACUGCAAGACAUUUUGGAUGGAUUUAUAAGACGAUUUGUCCUGUGUCCAUCUUGUGAUAAUCCAGAAACUGUGUUGGGAGUGCUUCAAAAGAAAUGUGUGAUUACCGUCAAGUGUAAAGCUUGUGGCUAUAGUGGACAGCUGGAUAAUGCUCAUAAGUUAACAACUUUUAUUCUGAAGAAUCCACCUGAUCAUGAUCCUGCCACCUGCGGUGCUUCUGUUAAACCGGGUAAAAAAGGAAAACGUAAGCGUGAUGAUAAAAAUUCUAAGAAACAACAGAAUGGUGAUGAUGGUUCACCUCACGAUUCUGAUCCAGAAGGACAGCGCAAGGAAAAUGGUGAAAGUGAUGAUAAUGAUUGGUGUGAUGAUACCGAUGCAGAUGCUGUAGCAAAGCGAAUGGAGGUGCUCACCACAGGUGCCAAAAGCUUAACUUUAAAUGAUGAUCUUGAGAAAAGCCAGCAGCAAAGACUUGAUUUAUUUUAUGAAUACGUUAAGAAGCACCAAGAAAAUAAAACCUUGGAAAACAUGCAUAAAGAAAUUGUAGCUGAAGCUGAAAGAUUAGAAAUAAAAGAAAAAGCUCCUCUUGUACUUUGCGAACUUCUGUUUGAUAAAAAUAUUAUGCAACAAAUAAAGACUCAUCGCCUCCUUUUUCUUAGAUUCACUCAUGACAAUUCUAAGGCACAAAAGUAUUUGUUAGGUGGAUUGGAACAAGUUAUUAAAAUUCACCGUGAUGCUCUAUUGCUCCGCGUUCCUCAUAUCCUCAAUGCUUUCUACAAUGCCGACAUUCUAGAAGAGGAAGUCAUCUUAGAAUGGUCAAAAAAGGUUUCUAAAAAAUACGUAAGUAAAGAAUUGGCACAAGAAAUUCACGAAAAGGCCAAGCCAUUCAUCUCCUGGCUUCAGGAAGCUGAAGAAGAAGACUCUAGUGGUGAUGAAGAAGGGGGGGAGGAGGAAACUGUAGAAGUUGUAUAUUCCGAUCGGCACAUCAGCAGUUCGCUGAAAGAAGUGAAAGAGGAGCCGAAAUCGAAACCUGCCGACACGUCAGUUGUCGCACACGACGACGACGACAUCGACAUUGACGCCAUUUAAAUUCUCCAAUCAGAGACGAUAUUGCCGGCAUUUUGGAUGACGUUAUUUGCUUUAUCGGUUUAUUCUUAUUAUACAUUAUAUAUAUUAUAUAUACACAGUGCAGUAAUAACGAAAAUUUCUCGAAUGUAUCUUUUUAUUACUCUUCUAGCUCCACAAAUAUUCGAUGGCAUGUGAUCCAAGUCUUUUUUAAUCACCACACCGGUGAUGUUAGAUGAUAAUUUAUGUUCAUAAUAUCAAUAAAAAUAAUUUUAAAGCAGA